GCAGUUCUCUGCGAAGACGGUAUCUGACAACACGUCUUCACUGCUGAGAAAAGUUCAUCUUUAAAUAACUGAGCUACUCUACUCACGGCGAGUUAUGUUGACUGAUUCCGCGUCAGCGUCUACUAAAUCCUACCUUGUUCUGUAAAACGAGUUCAGUGAUGAUCUUGAUCUGUUUUUCGAUGAAUGUCGAGAGUUCUAAGACCCAUAAAAGAUGAGUUGCAUCUUCAUCUAUCUUCUUGUACCGAGACGAUUUCGUGCAUGAGUCGCUUUGAAAAGAACUAUUAUGUGUCUGUCAACAACACGUCGACCUCGACCACGACUCGGUUUUCUUUGGAGGCAAUAAUUUGUUGAUGAGUUCUUGUCUGCGCUUAGGAAGGAUCAUGGCACGCUGCCACCAACUUCAGGAAAAGACGCAUUGUGCUCUGGUUUUUAUAUCAUCGUGGCGUCAUUUCUUUCAAUGUCGCCGACUUCAUCCACGAUCUCGAUACUUUUUUUCCACUAUGAGAAACGCAAGUAGCGAAAUCAGAAAUGACCAUUUUUAUGUCAAACGCAGCGUGUGAGUCUAGACAUACAGCAGAAGUUGUGAUCGAAUCUACUACCCGAUUCCCCGUUGUCUACGUCUUUUUGUUCAUAUUUAUAUAUUUCCGUCUCAGUCUUUGUCUCAAAUUCAUUAAAUCAAUAGUUUUAGCAUUACCGUUAUAUAGAUGUCUACUUCAGCUCAAUAUUGAAAUUGAUUCCUACUCCCUAGCCUGAAACAUUUUGUUUUUUCUCUCUGUUUGUAAGUACAACUUUUUGGUUUUGAGACCUUGUAGUUGUAUCUUGGAGGACAAACCGAUAAAAUGAUGAAUUUCAACAACAACAUGAACAAUAAUAAUGGUGAUCACGGAGGUGGCUUCGUUCCUAUUGCCAAACGGGACAUGAGUGUGCUUAUUGGGGGAGAUCGCCCUCUAGGCAAAGAGCCUGCGAAAGGAGAGUCCAUGCGUGUUCUCUACGACCGUUUGUACGCGGAGGAAAGCCAUAAGGUGAGUGCCAGCGCUAGCCGCCGGAUGCACAAGUAUUGCAUCAACGCAUGGGAGUUCUGUGUCAGUAAGAAAGCACUUGAGCGCGCGGCCGCUCCGCAAAGCAGGUCUUCGACGAACACUAAUAAGAAAACAAGUCCAGUCGCUGGUUUUGGUGCUGGAAGUGUAUCAUUGUCUGCGUCAACAUCGGCAUCUUCCUCCUCGACGUCCAGACGUUCCGCAUCUUCAUCCUAUCUCUUUGGGCAAGAUAGAGAUAGAGAUACGCAACAAGGAGCUUCCGCUGAAGAAGGUCAGGACUCGACACUCUUACCAGGGGGCCCACUUCUCUCUGCGUUGAAUACAAGCUAUCGACCGAUCCGGGGCGGAGGUGGAUCUUCGUCUUCCACCACAACUGCAUCGCCCAUCGGAGGAAUGAUCCAACACCCGCAACCACGGGCUUCACAGUCCGGUCCCUACACUCGCGACCAUGCUACCUUUUUCCAAGAAAGCGAAGCAGCUUUGAGCACGAGAACUACAUCAGCCGCGCAGAUGUCUUCAAUCGUCCCACAAGCAGGGACGAAAACUAUUUUAUCGACUUCCUCCACUUCCUCGUCCUCCUCGACAGCGAGAAUGGCACCAGGAGCAGGCAGGGCUGAUUUGGCUUUUCUGGCACAGUCGUAUCGACUUGACACGUCAAUAAAGGAAAUCAUCCUGUCGUUUUGCAACACGACAGCGCCCUUGGUUACAUUCUUCGACGCGCGCAUGGCCGGAUGUGCAACAGCCGCGCUGCGCCUGCCCCACCAAACAAAGCAGCUGGAGCAUAUUCUUUCUAAGGUAUCAUGAUGGGGUAUGGAUUUUUUCAUUGUCUACCGCGUGUGGAGUGUCGCUUAGUUUCCCUGGUGAUAGUACAAGUACAUCUACAUGUAAGAGUAAAACUAUGUGAGACCACUUAUGCCAGGCCAUCCUUUAUAGAUGCUGCGUGAAUUUGAAUAUGAUGUCCUCGUGGUUAACACUGGCGUCUAUUUUCUUGACCUUGACCUGUUGCCAAAACGAAUAGAAAUAAAGCCAGCAUUCUAUUAAUUUUCAAACAUGAACCUCUUCCAGGUAAAAGAGGCUGCCGAAGGUGGGCAUCAGUCCAUAGAAUUGAAGCCUGACGCUUGGGCUAAGGAAGCUUGUCGGGGGACAGGAUGGUGCUACCCCUUCCCGAACGCAGAGAUGCAAUCUCUGGGUUUCGACGUAGAGGAGUUGAACAAGGACGUCGAUCGAGCUCUCAAAAACACUAAGGUAAGUACCAUAUAUAAGUCCUUGUGCUCGUUGUUCUUUACUCAUUGAUCUGAGGUUCAUAUUCCAUAUUCAGUAAAUUUGAGAAGUUGUAGUUGUAGAUUGACGAGUAGUUAUUACACAACGGAAAACAAUAUCAACAACAACGACAAUAACACCAGAAGUUUCUUGAACGUGAUGAAAACCUUUCUAAAAUGAUUCUGAUUGUAUGAUCUAAUUACAGGAAAAAAGCGACUGGAAGACGAAGACGUGGAUAGUGCGCUGGUCGCCUGCUCCGGUUGACGUUUUGUGUCGGAAGUAAAGUAACGAAUACAUGACUACACUUGCUUACACUACGCUGUCGAUGCUGCGAAUCUCUAAUGAAGAAAUAAUACGUAGUCGCUCCCGAUACUCAUGCUGGAGGAGAACUGAAAAUAUACUACGCACAAAAAUUUACUUACGUGUAUUCCUUUUCCUUUGAAUUUGCGCUACUUACGGUUAUGAUCUUAUUGUUGCUUGACCUUUAUUCUAUCAUGCCAGAACUUGUUCUACCCUUAACAAGGCCAAUUUUUUCAUCGGGUGAAAAAGAAAAAAAAAGAUGUAGAUGAUUCCUUUGAAUGACAUCAGAAUUGAAAUUCAACGAACGUGGACUUGAUCUAUGAGUUGCCCUUGAUGUUAUGCCGAGAGAAACAGUAUGGUUUUACGACAAGAUCCAGUCGUGAAUCAAAGCGCAGGCGAAAUGCUUAUGAAUGAAAUCACUGACUACUGCUCUCAUCCGAAUGAGACAUAGGGAAAUCAAAACAAUCUACCACCAUCGCGUGGGUGCUUGCGCAGACGCGAC